UGUUCCCUGGGGCCACAGUGUUUUCAACGGGACUCAACUCACUACUUACUGGACUCGCCAUGGCCGCUUGACCCAGGCUGAAAUAACCCUUUUCCGUUAUUAUUUGUUCGAAACAUUUGCACAGACUUUUCCCAGACAAACUUUUGUCUUUUGUGUAGUUUUUAUGUCAAGAAAUAAGGAUGCAACCCCCACCAAGAAAGGUCCGGGUCACCCAGGAGCUGAAACACACUCACGCAGAGCAGAUGAGCAGAUUACACAUCAAACACCAGACAGAGUGUGACCUCCUGGAAGACCUGAGGACUUUUAGCCAAAAGAGGGCAGCUGUAGAGAGGGACUACGCCCAGGCCCUCCAGAAGUUGGCAAAUCAGUAUCUAAAGAGGGAAUGGCCAGAGAGUGUGACAGAAGAACGAGCAGACCACAGGAACAUGUACUGUGUAUGGAGGGCCUAUUUGGAAGGCACAGUCCAGGUCACUCAGUCCAGAAUCAGCGCCUGCGAUAACUACAAAGUCCAGGUCGCUGAUCCAGCCAAGACGGCCCGACUGCAGAAGGAACAGCAGCUGAGGAAGUGUAUUGAACAGCUGACGGUGGUUCAAGCUGAGCUGCAGGAGUCGGUGAAGGAGCUUACCAAGAGCAGGAAGAAGUACCAGGAGGCCGAGACGAUGGCACAGGCUGUCCGAGAGAAGGCAGAGCUUGACGCCAAGUCCAAGUUAAGUCUCUUCCAGUCCAGAUCCAGUCUUCAGAGGGCGAGCGUAAAGCUGAAAGCCAAGAGGAGCGAGUGCAACUCCAAAGCCACCCACGCCAGAAACGACUACCUUCUCACACUAGCAGCAGCUAACGCUCACCAGCAGCGCUACUAUGACACAGACCUCAUGGACUGCAUCAAGGUCUUAGACGGCAGAAUCUAUGAGCAGGUAAAAGAUUACCUGGUGUCGCUGUGUCAGACGGAGCUGGAAAGUUACCAGGCGGUCCACCACACCUUCAACCAACUCUUAAACAGCUCAAACGGGGUUCUGCAGGAGUUUCACCAGCAGCUGUUUGUACAGAAGAACCUCAUGUUUCAGCAAGCCCCGGAUUUAUUGUACCAUCCCUGCGACUCAGAUACGGUGGCUCAGCUGCAGAAGGAAAGUGGAACGUCAGAGGAACACAGUCUGGAUAAAGAGGCGAGGAAAUGGGCGAGCCGCGUGGCCCGAGAAUACAAGAGCAUCAUCCAUACCCAGCGGGCCCUGGAGGAUUAUGGGACACAGGAAUCAUCAGAGCAAAACAACAGUGAGCUGGAGACCAAGAUGGAGGUGGCCAGGCAGAGUCUUCGGAGGGCAGAGACGGUGAAGGUGAAAGCGGAGGCUCGUCUGGACCUCUUGAGGCAGGCAGGUAUUGCUGUUGAAACAUGGCUGAAGAGCGCCAUGAACCAGGUGAUGGAGGAGCUGGAGAACGAACGCUGGAACAACCUCAGUACCCAUGAUCCUUCACUCUCUGGAACAGCAGAUCUGGAGCGAGAGGAUGAGGAGGAGAUGGAGGACAGUGGUGAAGUGUUAGACGACAGCAGCUCAAGCCCCUCCAGCACCUUGAAAAACUAUCCUCUCACCUGUAAAGUCCUCUACUCCUACAAGGCGUCUCAGCCGGAUGAACUGACCAUUGAGGAGCAGGAAAUCUUGGAAGUCAUUGAUGAUGGGGACAUGGAGGACUGGGUCAAGGCCAGAAACCGCAGUGGGCAGGUCGGCUACGUCCCAGAGAAAUACUUGCAGCUUCCUUCCUCUAACAGCCUGCUGAGUAUGCUGCAGGCUCUGGCCGCACUGGACGCCCGAUCUCAUUCCUCCAGUAACUCCACUGAACCUGAAACCGAGCUACCAACCGGCUCUGUAAACGGGGACUCCAGUGUGUCAUUUGCGAAGGCCCUUUACGACUACGCGGGACAAACGGAUGACGAGCUGUCAUUUCCAGAAGGCGCCAUCAUCCGCAUCCUGAGCAGGGAAACCCACGAGGAUGACGGUUUCUGGGAGGGAGAGCUUAACGGCGUCGUUGGUGUCUUCCCUGCGGUUCUGGUGGAGGAUCUCGCUGGUGCCAGUGAGAACGGAGAUGGACAAAGAGAUGGUAGCGCACAGGCUUCACCCUCCCCUUUGGCCCAGUGUGAACGAUCCCCUCGCAGUCCCUUCCAGCCCGGACCCCUCCACAGCAGCCCCCUCCAGACGCCCACUGUGUCGUCUCCUCUGUCGAGUCCCUGCAGUGCUACAGCCUCUCCCAUCGGCCGACCACCCUCCUAUCACAACGGACAUCACAGGCCGCCACCAGCGUCGCACAAAAGCCCUUUUCAGAGUCCAGUCCAAGGUUCCCCUCAACCUCCCAAAUACCCAGAGACCAGCUCCGGCACCAUUCGACCUGUCCGUGCCGCUCCGCCACCCCCCAAGCAGCAUCCACGCGGGCAGGUGAAGCGGAGAGAGGAGGUGGAGAUCACGCUGGUGUGAAGGCAGUCGGCACCCUGGUGGUGGCAGCGACGACAGCUCUGUAAAAACCAGAUGGGACUUCACAGCUCUGUGACUCCUGAAAUGCACUCCCAAAGGAAACCUGAGGAAACCCCCUAAAGACACCCAGAGGACCGCAGAGGCCUUUUACUUUGUCCUCCUGUCUUUUCACAUAACACCUCAUCAGGGUUGGUGUGCUGUGGAGGAAUAUUGUGCCUUUCUCUAAACUAUACUCCUUUACCUACACUCACACUCUCUUAUUGGACUGUUAAAUACUGUAUUUUUUAUUCAAAGUUAUACAUCUUCUACUCCAUAUUGUCCAACUCUUCUACCUGGACAUGAAUCAUUUUACAGUCCUGACAAAAUAUGUUUAUAACAGACAGAAUAUCUGCUGUUAUUAUCUUCAGUCCUGGUGUUAAGUGUUCAGAUCCUGUUUCUGUUCUUUGAUUUCACUCGCAGUAACUGAUACAGUCACAACUAGCAGAUAAUUCAAUGCUUUUGUGCCAGGCCAAAAAACACAGUAAAACCUGUUAAUGUAAGAAAUCGAUGGAAAAGAUGACGUCACAUCAAUCCACACAACUCUGUAAAGCUAAGUUUAACUUUGGUCACACACAGAUUUGCACCAUUUACAGACGAUGAUGUGAUUUACAUAUUUAUCUACAAAAACACAGCAGUCCAAAAGAUAACAUGGUGAAGGGACAGUCCCCCCCAAAAUCAAAUAUACAUACAUUACCUCUUACCUGUCGAGCUAUUUAUGAAUCUAAAUUAUUUUAUUGUGAGUUAUCACCGCACAGAAGGAAGCGUGCAUCUACUGCUAGCUCACUUAGCAACACUGAGCUAGCUAAUGUUGCAGCUCAGCCGUGGAGCUGACGUCAUUAAUUAAUGUUUACAUGUGUCCCUGAGUAGAUGCACGCUUCCCUCUGCGCAGUGAAACAGUUGGCGGUUAGGGUUCCAACGGUGUGAGGUUUUCACAGUACGUUAACCUUCUUAAAAAAUAUCACAGUUCCACGAUAUGUGAUAUUACACAGUUAUUAUUAUUAUUGUUGUUGUUUUUAUUAUUGUUUUAUUAUUAUCAUCAGUGGUUACAGUGACACUUAAAGGAAUGAAAGGAAUGGAAACCUUUAUUUAUUGAAGUAUGUGUAAAAAUCUCCGACAGGCAGCCAGGGAGGAAAGAGAUAUGCACAUGCAGGUGAAACUCUCUAUCCGGUUGCUUUUUUUUUUUUUUUACAAUAUGGUAGAAAAGGAAAUGCAUAUUUCACAGUUUCAGGGUAAACUGCCAGAAGCAGAGCGCCAUCUAAUUCCUCUUUGUUAGAGAGAAGGCAGAUAUCUCCAACACUUGGCAACUCACACCAAAACAAUCUAGAUUGAUAAAUAGCACUACAGGUGAGAGGAAAAAUAUGCAUUUUUGAUUUUGGAGUGAACUAUCCCUUUUAAAGUGAGAACAUUGCGAGAUUUUCCCUGUCAUGUUACCUCGCUAGCUACAGUAGUUCUUCACCUGUGAGUAACCACGACAUUACCAAGCUUGUAGCACAGCUCAGAUAAACUCAGCCUCAGUUUGAGCUUCACACGUUUGGUCCUGGUUUGUUUCUCCAAACCAUGUUGGAAAAACCCAGAAUGUGGGUUAAUGAAGUUUUCCAAAACUUCUGAAGACUCUGCUAACUGUCUGGAUGAGAAAAGAUUGUCCGCUGCACAAUAACAAAGUAUUUUUAUUUUGUUUCUUGCAGAUUUCUUUUACCCUUUUUCACAGAGCCAAGCUGUUUACAGUCUUUAUGCUAAGCUAAGCUAACUGGCUGUAGCCUCAUAUUUAGCAUACAGACAUGAGAGCAGUUAUCGAUCUUCUCAUAAAACUCUUUGCAAGAAAAUUAACAAGUUUAUUUCCUAAAAUAUCAAACUUUUCUCUCAACAACAGCUCCUACAGUUACACUGAUGAGAUAGAGAUCCGUACCUCAUAAUCAUGAGACACUUUUUAUUUUUUAUUAAAUGCAGCACUCUUCCAUGUACACGUAUAUCGAUAUCAGAAAAUAUCAGAUUUAAAUCAUAUUGCCCAGCCCAGUUAUUUCUCACUAUAUCACUUACUGUGUGGCUCUCUGUCUCUUAUUUUUUUCACAAUUGGAUUACUUCUAUGCAACAAUGUAACCCUGAAAACACACCAAGCAGUUGUGAAGUGUGGCCUGCAGCAGCUGCUUUGAGCUCACCGAGCUGCAGUAAGGUGCCGCCAAAGUAACAGUUGGUAAAUAGUUUAACUUUAAGCUGCAAGUUGCAGCCAGAGAAUACUGACAGCCAAUCAGUAAACAGAGUCUUGUGACUCCUGCGACAUGUUGACCUAUGUCACAAAGAAUUUCUUCCACGCCUGCAACACAUGAGCGAGCAAAAAUUGAAGCUGCUCUUCGCCGCUCUUCGCUGUGUUUUUGGCGUUACACUUCAUCAGGACAUCACAGCAUGUUGUGAACAUGAAGCUUCAACACAAACCAAAAGUCUGGUUGUCUCCACACUCGAUCAAAAAUUAAAAAAAAAAAAAAAAUAGCCAGCAUGGACGAGGCUGGUCCUCUCCUCGAACACACGUAACCACACGGUUACACAAACAAGGGAAAAGUGGCAAUUUUAGUUGAGUGAUUGUUUAUGUCGUAGGGAGAAUCUCCUAGAAAUGUUGUCUUGAUCAAAAUAAUGGAUCCUUUCCCUUUUUAAUGGUUAAAUUUGCUUCUUACUUUAGUUUUCUUUGCACCAAAUGCUAAGAAAUGUCCUAAAGGGAGAACCGUAGUUUCGUACAUAUGUAGUCUAACUUUUUUUUUUCCUCUUGAGUUGUAAAAUAAAGAUGUAGAGUUGUUAUUAUGACACUAAUGUUAGCCAGUAAAGGUUGCUGGUGGUCUGUUGAGGAGAAGGUUGCAGUUGUGACAGUUUACACUGAGGUCAUGUGCAGUUUAAACAUUAUUUUAAGGAGGAAACCAUCCUGAGCUGCUAGCUGUCCAAUUUAAGAAAAAGAAAUCUAUACUGUCAUAGUGAAGCACUUUUUGAUGUCUUCUUAUUCCUUUUCAGUAUUGUGGAUGCUGCGUUGUUUGUUCAAAUAUUUCUUGUUUGACGUUUUGUUUACCAGCUAUAUUGGUAUGAAUACUUUUCUUUAUGCAUUAUUUAGCCUUAAAUAGCCGUUGUGUAGUGUCUUUGAUUGAGAUCUGACCUUUUGAUCGUAUUGUUUUUGAAAUAGUUUACAGAGAGCAUGGAGAUGGAUAUCUGUACAAAUAAUAGCACAGCUUUUGUUUCCUUUCAUGUUUUUUUUUUAGAUUUAGGAUUAAAGAAACCUAUUAAACCUUAGUUGAAUUCGAUCAGAGGAAAAGAGAUAUCUGUCAGCCGCGUCGCUGUGUUCUCGUUGAUCUCCUUGAGAUCUGAAUGACCUCAAACUUAUUUUUGAAGUUUGCCUUUACCCUGUUGUAUUGAAAAACAAAAUGUAGUCGUCAGACUGACGUCUCUUUUCCCAACAGAGAAGUUGUUGUUAACUUGCUACUGGUCCCGACGCCAUGUCAAGUCUGAAUCUGAAGUUCAGCGACAAACUGCCCACAUUUUACAACAGAAGCUCUGCAGAGGCUGCUGAGCGUCAUAUUUACACACCAGUGGUUGUUUAACUGUAUUUAUUGUGUACAAAUAAAUGUGAAAUAAAGAUAGCUUAAUUCAAACAAAA